AUGGUGAGUCUGAGUGAAUGGCUGUCUAGAGAUGGCCUGGUGCUAAAGGACAUUAUCGAGAAGUACUUCGUUUCCCCGACGUUGCUUCGAGUGGUUCGCGUGGCGAAGGUGGGGCGAGUCCUGCGUCUGGUAAAGGGAGCCAAGGGUAUCAGGACGCUCCUCUUCGCCUUAGCCAUGUCCUUGCCCGCGCUCUUCAACAUCUGUCUGCUGCUUUUCCUCGUUAUGUUCAUCUUUGCAAUCUUCGGCAUGUCAUUCUUCAUGAACGUCAAACACACUGGGGCCUUGGACUCUGUUUACAACUUCGAGACGUUCUUCCAGUCUUUCAUUUUGCUGUUCCAAAUGAUGACGUCAGCUGGGUGGGAUGGUGUACUUUCUGGCAUUAUCAAUGAGAGGGACUGCCGGCAGCCUGAUCCGGAGAACGGCGAUCCUGGUAACUGUGGUAGUCAACCCAUUGGUAUCGCUUACCUAAUGGCCUACCUGGUAAUGACCUUCCUCAUCAUUAUCAACAUGUACAUCGCUGUCAUCCUCGAGAAUUACUCCCAGGCAACAGAAGACGUGGAAGAAGGUCUCACAGAGGAUGAUUACGACAUGUACUACGAGAUUUGGCAAGAGUUCGAUCCCAAAGGCACACAGUUUAUAGAAUUUGGCACUCUCUCUGACUUCAUGGAUGUACUGGAAGCUCCCCUCCAGAUUCACAAGCCAAAUAAGUACAAAAUUGUGUCGAUGGACAUCCCUAUUUGCAAAGGAGACCUCGUUUUCUGUGUGGACGUCCUCGAUGCACUAACCAAGGACUUCUUUGCUCGCAAAGGAAAUCCAAUAGAGGACUCUGGCGAUAUGGGUGAAGUAGGACCUCCUGCUGAGAGACCUGGUUAUGAACCAGUGUCCUCAACGCUAUGGCGUCAACGCGAAGAAUAUUGCGCUCGGCUAAUACAACAAGCGUGGCGCAAACACCGCCAGCUCAAGGACCAGUCGUCGCUUUCAGGAACUGGUUCACAAGAAGACUUCAAGCAAGCAGAUACCGCCGUCCUGGUGGAAAGUGAUGGAUAUAUAACAAAAAACGGCCAUAAGGUGGUGAUUCACUCGCGAUCACCAUCGUUGACGUCACGGUCCACAGAUGUGUGA